AUGAUUCAGCGCCACGAGGCUCUCGGGCUCAGCAACAACGGAGUAGCUGUGGUGAUGCUGGGAUAUUUUUUCGUUGCUAUGGCAAACACCGUUCCCGCAGCUUUGUGGAUGAUCGUGCACAUCCUACUUGAUGCAAGUCUGCUCCGUCGGGUUCGCCACCAGAUCAGCUUUGCCUUUCAAUCCACAGAGGUUGGAGAGCAACCAGAUAUCAAAGUACUGAUGAAGGAUCCCCUCCUCAACUCUAUCUGCUACGAAACACUCCGGCUGCGUGUUGCAAGUACCGUUGGUCGCACAUCCCUCGACGACCAGUUGUGUCUCGCUGGAGGCUGGAAGGUCAAGGCGGGUGUACCCGUCAUGUUCACUGGCUGGCUUGCGGGACUGGAUGUGUCAUGCUGGAACACGGGCCAGGAUCUGUCAAGUGGCAAGCCUCAGCAUCCUCUGGAAGCUUUCUGGGCUGAGAGGUUUCUCGAUUGUCCAGGCAGCUCCAGUAUCAGCGGCCCCGCGAAAAAGAAGCGCGUUCAACCCGCACGAGAAUCUCCACAAAGGCCAACAACGCAUAUGGGGACGGAAGAUGAGCGCUCCAGAGCCUCCGUUGCUGGCUUGCGGGGGCAUUUCUUCCCUUUUGGAGGAGGAGCAUUCCGCUGUCCGGGCGAGACGUUGGCUAAGCAGGUCAUCUUCGCCUCGGUCGCCAUGGUGUUGCAGAGUUAUGACCUGAGGCUUAUCGAUCCAGAGGAGGCCAGAAAGAUAGAGCCUGGUCACCGGGAACUGCCAUUUGGUCUCCAUAGUUUUGACAGGCCUGUUCCGGUCGAGAUUUGCAAGUUAUCUGAGACAUAG